CAGGUUACCUCCCCUGUCGUUAAGGUCGCUAUUGAAGUUAAUAAUAUCAUACUAAAAGUUAAUGUAUGUCGAGCAUGAAAUGUUGACGGUUUACAUUUAUUUACUACAAUGGAUGUGACAGUUUUUCACGGAUAAAUUACGGAUGCAUUUCUGGAGAGCGAUAUCAACUAGAAAUAUUAAAUAUAUUUGACUGUGCAUAAUUUACUGUAUAGCUGUAGGCCGACCCGAGUCCCGUGUUUGGCGAUCCCCCGGGGAUCACAAUGAGUAAGAAGAAGGAGGAAGAGAUAAUCCCCGCCAUGGGGCCGGGAAGCAAGAUCAGCGCCCUGGCGGCGCCCCUCCGCCGUUUCAUGAUCCGGCAGGGCAAGGCGGUCAUCAUCAACUUCUCCACGGCCAGCAUGAAGACGCUGCCGCUUGAGAUCUGGCAGAACGAGGAGAUCCAGCAGAACGCCAUUGAGCUGCGCGCCGAGAGCAACCGCCUUAAGAAGCUUCCCAAGCAGGUGUCGGACCUAGAAGUUCUUGAGACGAUCACCCUCCAGAACAACGCAUUGUCCGCACUUCCGGCGACCAUAUUCAAGAUGAAGAAGCUAGUGACCCUCAACGCGGAGAACAACAGCAUCAAGAGUAUACCGGGCUCCAUCAACAAGGCGCCCACGCUGAAGUACCUUCACCUGUCGAACAAUAAAAUCAAAGCUCUGCCAAAGACUAUUAACAAGUCGACGACGCUGGAGUUGGUCGACGUUUCACACAACGUGAUACGAUCCGUAAAAAAGAACAUUUACGAGCUGAAGGCCAAGCUGGUACUGCAUAAUAACCGUCUGGGUGAAUUGCCCGACGCAAGUAUCAAGAAUUCGGCGCUUCGGGUUUUAGAUGUGUCGCAUAAUCAGAUCGCGCACAUUCCGGACAAUAUAAAUAAUGUAGUGACCUUGACCUGGCUUGACCUUUCGCACAAUGAACUUGAGGACUUGCCAAGGGAGUUGGGUCUGCUGAAGUACCUGCAUUACCUGAAUGUGUCGCACAAUAGCAUAGCGUCGCUGCCCGAUGAGGUAACGACGCUGGAAUAUGCCCUCACCUACCUGCAUGCAAGUCACAAUAAAAUCAAAAGUCUUCCGGAGGACAUACACAAGCUUAUGCGGCUUCAGGUCCUGUCUGUGGGUAACAACGAAAUCGAGAAGGUGCCAAACCAAUUCUACGAGCUCAAGACCGUAAAAGACCUUGACCUUUCCGGUAACAAGAUUACCACAGCACUGGGCAUGAGCAAAAUCAAAACUGUCGAGUCACUGAAUCUCGCAAAUAACGCGCUUACGGAACUGCCUGACGAAAUCUUCCAGCUUAAGUCCCUGGUGUCCUUGAACGUUUCCGGGAACCAGCUGAAGGUACUUCCGGAUACCCUAAACAAGAUUAAGACCCUGAAGACGCUCCUAGCGGCCGACAACCGCCUGAGCCAGAUUCCGGACACGCUAGGAGAUGACCAACUUCUCACCGCACUUGAUAUCAGCAACAAUCGUAUCCAAGGGUUACCGCAGGAUAUGAAACGCCUGCGUAGCCUGGAGAUUCUAAAAAUUGCGGGAAACCAGAUUUCCGCUUUACCAAAAUCGUUGGACUCUCUAAGGUUUCUGUUUACCCUCGACGUUUCGAGAAACGCACUUACGGAAUUCCUGAUUCCCAAAACGGUUAAUUGCAUCAGCAUCGCGGCUAAUCCCUUGUAUCUGCCCUCGCAGGAUUCCAAAAGUGUUAUAAGUAUUUUAGGAGAGAAGGACUACGCGUCUCGGAUGGUGUUUCUGGACGCUUCAAGUCUCAAACUGGACGAAGUGCCAAUUAGCUUCUGUCACAUGAAAAUGCUAAGAACAUUGAAACUUGCUCAUAACUUAUUUAAAGAAAUACCAGAGGAACUGUGUAAACUGCGGGCAUUGGAAGAGUUAGAUUUGAGCGAUAACGAUUUGGGUUCAAUACCGGACAGUAUUCGAAAUAUGCAGAACCUUCGCGUUUUAGACCUUUCACAAAACAGGUUGAAUGAAUUCUGUGAAGGCUUAACGCAGCUGCACCAGCUAGAACGGUUGAACAUCAGUUUUAAUAAUCUUGUUGAGCUGCCUGAAAAUUUCGGCGAACUCCACAAACUGAUCUGGCUCGAUAUUUCCAACAACGAGCUCGAUCACCUGCCGAUGGACCGCUGGGAUAUUCUGGCGUCCAUGUUGGAGCUAAAUAUAACUAAAAACCACGUGAGGGAGGUCCCACCCGACCUUCCUUACCUGUAUCGAAUCAAAGUGUUGCGCGCACAGAGCAACGACAUUACGGUGAUACCGAGUGACAUCGUGAAAAUGUCCAGUCUGGAGGUGCUGGACCUAAAAGAUAACAUGCUGGAGUCACUUCCGGAAUCCAUUUGUAAACUUCCGGCGCUCAAGGAACUAGACGUGUCCGACAACAAACUGAAGACGUUCCCGGGAAAAAUGGAGCAGCUAAAACAGCGUGCCAAAAUUACGUCGGAGGGGCAGUCAGCGUACAAACAGAGGGACCCGCCUCCCGACGGCCUUAAAACGGGAGAGGCGCAGACGGUCAAGUCGGACGACAAGAAGGAAGAGUAACCGGAAGUUCGUCGAAACCGAUAUUUGUUUUCAUGUAUUCUUAUAUUUUGCGAUCUGCAAAUAAUUAUGUUUUUGUAUUUUACUGUAUUGUAGACCGUCGAAUACUGUACAUUUAUUUGAUUUCGCGGUGACCAAAUUUGGUGCGCUUUUUUCAAAUCGCGGUUUUAAAUUCUUUUUUUCGGCGUUUUUGUUUUUUAUGUACACCAAUUUGUUUGAAAUUUAGCAAAAUAAUAUAACUUUAUACCGCAAAAAGAUAUGUUUAGUGUUUAGUAUGUAGGAAAUAUUUUCAGGUUUUGUUUUCAAGCUGCUCUCUGAAAUUCAUAUGUUUAUUCACGUACAUAUUAUUACAUAUAAAUUAUAUUUUGUUUU